GCAUCCGGGCCCCUAUGGCUACCAGUAGCUGGGGUCCCCGUCUCAGCCAGAGCCCGGUACCCGCUGGGGAGGACGGCAGAUCUCGGGCGUUGCCAGCGGCAUCCCCGCAACCCCCGCGGUCUCGCCAUGAUUUCGCUGUCGUCAUUGUCUGCGCGGUGCCGCUCGAGUACGACGCCGUGUCGCUACUUUUUGACCUCUGGUGGCGGGGACCUUCAGAUCGUGCCUCUGUCUCUUCUUCCACGUCCUCAUCGUCGUCUUCGUACGGGAAGGCUGCCGCUGACACAAACACCUAUGCCUUCGGUCGCAUCGGUCACCACAAUGUCGCUCUCACCUUGCUGCCCGGGAUGGGCAAGGUGAAUGCUGCCGGCGCUGCCAUGGGCAUCAAGGCUAGUUUCCCACAUCUCCAACUGGUCCUGCUCCCGGGGGUAUGCGGAGGGGUCCCGCGCGUCCGCGACAGCAAGCAUGAGAUUUUGCUUGGGGAUGUCCUCAUCUCCGACGGCGUCCUUCAGUAUGAUCUUGGCAGGCAGUAUCCCGAUGGUUUUGUCGCGCGCGCUACCCACAGAGACCGCCUGGCGCGACCAAAUCGCGAGAUCAGAACCUUUUUGAGCACACUGGGUUCACAGCUGGGGAUGGAGAGGCUGCAGGAGACUUCCUGCAAUUUUCUUCGCGAUGUGCAGAGCGCAGCAAAAGCCCGUGGUCGGCGGCCGUGUGUGUAUCCCGGAGCAGCACACGAUAAGCUGUACAGGUCUGACUAUCGACAUCGGCACCACCGUGGAGAUCCGAAUUGUAUAUGCCAUGGCUGGCGACAGUCUUCGGAUCCUGUCUGCGAGGAGGCCUUUGUCUCGCCCUGCACCCUGACGAAUUGCGGCGACGAAGCCCUCGUUCAGCGGCACCGGCUCGAGUUGAGGAAACUCCUCGAAAGUAAAGACGUAUGCGCGGACACUCAGGGGUUUGCCGUUUUCAUGGGUCGCUUCGCGUCGGGAGACACAGUGAUGAAGUCCGCAGAGGACCGCGACCGGAUCGCGGCCGCUGAGCAAGUCAUCGCAUUCGAGAUGGAGGCUGCUGGUCUCUGGGACGAGUUGCAUUGUAUUGUUCUCAAGGGGGUCUGCGACUACGCCGACAGCCACAAGUCGAAGGGGUGGCAAGACUUCGCUGCGGCAACAGCAGCGGCAACGACCAAGGCGAUCCUAGAGCUAUUUCUUCCGACUGACUCGGUCUCGUACGAGUCUAGCGUGGAGAAGUGGGACGUGCGAUCCUCGCCACAGCCGAGCCGUGUUUUGCAUGGCAAGCCUUGUAAGUCCUAA